AUGUGUGAGCGAAAUCUUCUGAAUUCUGGCUAUGUUGGUUCUCUGUUGAAUUUUCCUACCCCGGAGUCGUUAUAUUUUUCCAACCUGCGGGGCAAUGGAGCUCAUCUCUCCGGGCUGCAUCAGAUUUCCUACAACAGGCGAGAGGUGUGCUCGCUCCCGUGGACUUCCCCAAGUUCGUGCACAUCUCCGCCUCAGAGCCGCGCCUUUAGUGGCUACUCUCCGCCGUUUCUAUCCAAUUCAGUGCAUGUAAAUACUAAUCCCAACAACCACAACAAGGGACCACUUGACGAGUCCAAUAAAUACUACUUUCAGGAUGUAAACCACAAGCCAGAAGAACCUGCUAGACACGCGCAGGCCUUUUCUGGUGAACAUGGCGUUAUCAGUUUCGGUAGCUCGAAAUAUGCAUUUUCGAACUUGGACAGACUGUCACAUAAUUCCGAUGCACAACACGAACUGAAUCUCACCAACCAGGCAAGUGCUGCCGGCUUCAAGCAGUCGGCCAAUUCAAAUGCCACAGUUCAACCAUCUUCAAGUAAUGCAUGUGCCAGAGCGUCUUUUUCUCAUGGUAAGCAACAUCUAACGUUUUCUGAUCUGUAUGUCGAGAGUAUUUAUUUCCGCUCCAAAUCAUAGUUCUUGUUUUGUUAUAUUUGAUGUUUAAGCAAUGAUAAUUGCAGACCAUGCCUGCAUGCUUCUGCAUUCUCGAGCAUAUCAUUUAGUUUUUUUACAAAGUGUAGGAGAUCCACAAGUGUAUCCACAAGUUGCUAAGGACUGUAUUUUUUCUUUUUCCAGGUGCACCCUGGUGCUCUUCACAAGUGAAACCGAGAAAGAAGAGAAAACCAUACACAAAGCCACAGCUUGCUGAACUUGAGAACGAAUAUAUGAUGAACGAGUUCAUAAACAGGCAAAAAAGGAAGGAACUCUCUGAAAGACUGGACUUGAGUGAUCAACAAGUCAAAAUAUGGUUUCAGAACCGCAGAAUGAAAAAGAAGAGGCUGAUGAUGCGUGAGCAUGCAUUUUCCAUGUACUGA